ACGACAAAAACUGGAAGUGGGGGUGACUGAGUCAGAACGCGUGGAGGAGAGAGAUAUCAUUCAUACUCAACCAACGGAACUAACGUUGAAACUUUCCUCAUUGACCAAACUGCCCUUUUCUCUAGCUCUCUUCUCGAGACAAAAUCGCAUAUCAAUCAUCCUCUCCUCACCGAGUCUCAACUAAUUUACCAUAAAACAGACACAGCAUAAUCACAUAAAAAAAGCUCUGUUCUUGUUCUUUCAUUCUUUAAUUCUUUUUUUUUUAAUAAAGUUCCACUCUUUUUUGGUAGGAAUCGUCGAGACUUGUGUUUAUUUAUCUCUUGUCGAAUCAAAGUUUCUAUUUUUUUUGUGGAGGAAAGAGGUUAAAGUUUGAUUCUUUCUUUUCUAAUCUCCGGGGAUCGAAGUUCUUGUUCAGAAGAAGAAGAAGAAGAUGUGGUGGAUGAUGGGAGAGAACGUUGGUCACUAUUGUUCUAAAAAGUCCGAUGAUUUAUGCGGUUCUCAGGAAUCAGAUCGAGGCUUUGGUAUAUCAAGACUCUGUUGCAUCUUGCGUGGUGUGGAUUUGAAAUCGAUCUUGUUUCUUUUAGUAAUCGUACCAAUGUGUGUUCUUGGUGUAUACAUCAACGCACUCAAGAUUUCUUAUUUCUUAAGACCCUUGUGGGAAUCACCACCAAAACCAUUCCACGAGAUCCCACAUUAUCACCACGAGAACGCUUCAAUGGAAUCUCUCUGUAAACUCCACGGUUGGGGAACCCGUGAGUACCCUCGCCGUGUCUACGACGCUGUUCUCUUCAGUACUGAAGUUGAACUCUUAACGAUACGGUGGAAAGAACUGUACCCUUACGUUACUCAGUUUGUGCUCCUUGAGUCGAACUCGACCUUCACAGGGUUACCAAAACCGCUUGUUUUCGCGGGACAUAAGGAUGAGUUUAAGUUCGUUGAGCCGCGGUUGACUUACGGGUCGAUUGGUGGAAGGUUUAAGAAAGGAGAGAAGAACCCUUUUUACGAAGAGGCUUAUCAAAGAAUCGCAUUGGAUCAGCUUUUGAGAAUAGCUGGUAUUACUGAUGAUGACUUGUUGAUCAUGUCUGAUGUUGAUGAGAUCCCAAGCAGACACACUAUAAAUCUCCUCCGUUGGUGCGAUGACAUACCGCAGAUUCUUCACCUUAGACUGAAGAACUACUUGUACUCUUUCGAGUUCCCUGUGGAUGACAAGAGCUGGAGAGCAUCGGUGCAUAGGUAUCAGACGGGUAAGACAAGGUAUGCGCAUUAUAGGCAGUCUGAUGUGAUCUUAGCGGAUUCAGGGUGGCAUUGCAGCUUCUGUUUCAGAAGGAUAAGCGAGUUUGUCUUCAAGAUGAAAGCUUAUAGUCAUUACGAUAGAGUGAGGUUCGCUCAUUACUUGAACCCGAAAAGAGUUCAGAGAGUUAUAUGCAGCGGAGCUGAUCUCUUCGACAUGAUCCCCGAGGAAUACACGUUUAAAGACAUCAUCGGUAAAAUGGGUCCGAUUCCUCAUUCUUACUCGGCUGUUCAUCUUCCCGCGUACCUACUCGAGAACGCGGAGAAGUACAAGUUUCUUCUUCCGGGGAAUUGCUUGAGAGACGAGGAAUGAUAUUGGUGGUUCUUUGUAACUAAUAUGAUAUGGACACUACUACUACUACUACUAACUCAUAAUUAUUGUUUAUUCUUUUUGGUGAGUUAUAUUUUUUUGAAAGAGUUCAUGGCGAUUUUAUUUGGUCACUUUCUUGUACAUAUACUAUUAAUUUAUAUCUGAUCUCUUUGGGGUUCUUUUUU